CAUUUGCUGGUGGAAGGAAUCAAGAGAAAAAAUCACACAAAUUUUCCUCCUCUCCUACAUUUUGCGGUGAUAAUGUUUUGCGGUUAAUUUGUCGAAGAAAAUGGAUUAAUUUGGGCGCGCGUCCAAGUGUGCAAUAGUGUUGGGCGUAUUAAGUGUGCAGUCGCCUCCCGCCGGAUAGAGAAGAUUGAUAAGGAGGCGCACAAGACGUGUGCGGCCUGACGUUCUGGCAAGCAAGGCAUCAGAGAGGGAAAAAAGAGAGACAGUGGGGAAGGUACGAAGAAUACAAUAAAAUCAGCCUACCACACUUUAUCCGCGGUUUCGCUGAACGACGGAAACGACGAAGGCUGAUUGUUCGCUGACCGUGCUUGCGUGAGAGUGAGAAAGCGUGAGAGGGAAGUGUACGCCUUGGCCAAGUGCGUAACAUCGGGACCAACAUGAUCGGUGGAUUGUUCGUGUAUAAUCAUAAGGGAGAGGUUCUGAUCUCCCGCGUGUACCGGGAUGACAUUGGCCGGAAUGCAGUCGAUGCGUUCCGCGUGAAUGUGAUCCACGCCCGGCAGCAGGUCCGUUCGCCGGUUACGAACAUUGCCCGUACGAGUUUUUUCCAUAUCAAGCGGGCUAACAUCUGGCUAGCGGCCGUUACGAAGCAAAAUGUGAACGCAGCUAUGGUGUUUGAGUUUUUGCUGAAGAUUAUCGACGUAAUGCAGUCCUACUUUGGCAAGAUUUCGGAAGAAAACAUCAAGAACAACUUCGUACUAAUCUACGAGCUGUUGGAUGAAAUUCUGGACUUUGGCUAUCCGCAAAACUCGGACACGGGCGUGCUGAAGACGUUCAUCACGCAGCAGGGCAUUAAGACGGCGACGAAGGAAGAGCAGGCUCAGAUAACGUCGCAGGUUACCGGGCAGAUCGGUUGGCGCCGGGAAGGUAUCAAGUAUCGCCGGAACGAACUCUUCCUGGAUGUGCUCGAGUACGUUAAUCUGCUGAUGAGCCCACAGGGCCAAGUAUUGUCGGCGCACGUUGCGGGAAAGGUCGUUAUGAAGUCGUACCUUUCGGGCAUGCCGGAGUGUAAAUUCGGUAUCAACGAUAAGAUCGUAAUGGAAGCGAAGGGUCGUAGCGGUAUAUCCGGGAAUGCGGACAACGAAGCAUCCCGGUCGGGCAAACCGGUGGUCGUCAUCGAUGACUGCCAGUUUCAUCAGUGCGUGAAGCUGAGCAAGUUCGAGACGGAACACUCGAUCAGCUUCAUCCCGCCGGACGGUGAGUUCGAGCUAAUGCGUUACCGUACGACGAAGGACAUCUCGUUGCCGUUCCGUGUGAUUCCGCUGGUACGCGAAGUGGGCCGAACCAAGAUGGAGGUGAAGGUGGUGCUAAAAUCCAACUUUAAGCCAUCGUUGCUUGGACAGAAGAUCGAGGUGAAGAUUCCUACCCCGCUCAAUACGUCCGGUGUGCAACUGAUUUGUCUGAAGGGUAAAGCAAAGUACAAGGCGUCUGAAAAUGCGAUCGUAUGGAAAAUUAAACGUAUGGCUGGUAUGAAGGAAACGCAGCUGUCCGCCGAAAUUGAACUGCUCGAAACGGAUACCAAAAAGAAAUGGACUCGACCACCGAUCUCGAUGAACUUUGAAGUUCCCUUCGCGCCAUCCGGUUUCAAGGUCCGUUACUUAAAGGUAUUCGAACCGAAACUGAACUACUCCGAUCAUGAUGUGAUCAAAUGGGUGCGAUACAUCGGCCGCAGCGGAUUGUACGAGACACGAUGCUAAGACACGAGCGGUUCAAAUGCACCUGACUCAGUGGGUGUUGACGAUUCUGUUCUACACUGUUGCUCUGCUAUUAUUAAUGUAAUGUCAUUUCACCGUAUCGGAUAGUAAGCAUAUUAAGGUACAGCGCGUACUAUUGAGGAGUUUUGUGCUAUCGUUUCGGACAGACACGUACGCACACCGUACGCAUUUUGUGUUUGAUUGUACUCUCUUUGUUUCUCUCUCACUAUCCCACUUUUUCCACGCUGUUGGCGUGGGGGUUUUCCUUUAGGCAAUGUAGCAAAAUGGUAAAAAGUGUUUUUGUGCUUUGAGUUGUGUAGCGAAAAAUUAUAUGUUUGAUUUCACACUGAUUUGUUUUUGUGGUUUGUUGGCGAUCGGUCCACAAUAGGAAGUGUUGUUGACGUUUAAACAAUCGAAAGCAGUGCGAUGAUGGAUCAGCAGUUCGGCCAUCCUGCUCACAAAUGAGCAUAAGUAUGUUAUGUGCAGGACAGACAGGCGACCAUAUGGCGAGAGUAGUAAGUUAUCCGUGUUAUUAUAUCGAAUCCAAUGUGUAUAAUCGACACAUACGCGUGUGUUUGUUAGGUUCCGUAGACGAUCCUAUCGUAAGCAAAACUAUAUAGCAUAGAAAGCAUAUUAACAAAAGGCAUAACCAUAAGCUCGAACUAGCGCUCUUAGUGGAUGUGCUUAUUAUCGAAGGUGGGAGCAACAAAGACCCGCGUCAAUACUCCUCGCUGAGUAGUGCUGAACAAACGCUACGCUGCGCACAUACGUUGUGGACGAAUCUCUGGACCUCGGUUUACAUGCACCAGGUGCGCGCAGUCAGAUAGGUCUACUAGACAGUACCGACUUCCAAACACUCGUAAAGCAUACACAACAGCACGUGUGUCACAUAUGACCUAAAAAAAUGGCAUUGUAUAAUGUUCAGUUAAAAGGGUAUAAUCGAACGAUCGUUUAUGCCAACUAGUAUGUCGGUUGCAGUUGUAUGCGGAGAUUAUGAUGUGGAGAGUGGUUAGAGUCAGUAUGACGUCGUUGUUCGUGUAGAACUGGCCGCACAUAAACAGGCGAUGGCACUAAUAGGUCUGUGCCGAAUUUAUUGCUUCUGUAUAUAUGUAACCCUACCCCGUCUCGCCAUCCAUUCCAAUGCGUAUAAGGAUUCAGGUAGAAGUUUGUAUUUGACGUUCCAAAUUUUGUCAUCACCUUACGCUUGUAUUGUAUUGUUUCAUUUUGGCUGCAACACUGUCACAGAGUAUUAAAGAGAAAAAAACAACUCCGUUGCAUGAUAGAGCAUUAAAACAAUAUUUUAAUUAAACGAAGUGUGCAAUACCACUCUUCUUUCGGUUGAAUGCUAUGUAGCGUUAAAUAUGCAAAUAAUUCCAGCAUAAAGCAAACUACUUUAUUUUUCUUUACAAAAGUGUUAAAGUUGUUCGAAAAAUUAACAAUAAAUUAUUGGAACCGAUGCAUCGCUAAACG